AUGGAGACUUUAACAAAAGCUCGUGAACUCUUUCUGUCUCAACCACCUAUGGUAGAACUCGACUCACCUGUUAAAAUAUGUGGAGACACACAUGGACAAUAUCCGGAUCUAUUAAGGAUAUUCAACAAGGGAGGGUUUCCUCCUCUUUCAAACUAUCUGUUCUUGGGAGAUUAUGUAGAUCGAGGGAAGCAGAACCUAGAAGUAAUAUUGCUAGUUAUUGCUUACAAGUUACGGUACCCCAAGAACUUCUUUAUGCUGCGUGGAAAUCAUGAAUGUGCAAAUGUAAAUCGUACCUAUGGCUUUUACGAUGAAUGUAUGCGUCGAUACCAGAGCCAAAGGAUGUGGCAGUCAUUUCAGGACACAUUUUGUGUACUACCUUUGACGGCCCUAGUUGGUGACAAGAUUCUUUGCAUGCAUGGAGGGCUGUCUCCACAUCUAGAAUCGCUUGAUCAACUAAGAAAUGUUUCAAGGCCAACAGACGCGACUGGAAAUACGUUGGAAAUGGAUUUGCUCUGGGCUGAUCCAGUCAUAGGUCUUAGCGGUUUUCAG